GGAGUGUCAAUCAAACGGAAGGACCCUCCCUCUUUGCGUAAAAUCUCUUGAGGCCAGCGAGGCCGGCCCGGCUCUCACUUCUUCUUCCCAGCUGCUCAUCACCAGCCACCACAAAAGCAGCCACAAUGUCGGGGAUGGUUGUUAAGAACAUGUCCUUCAAGGUGGGGCAGACUCUGACCAUAACUGGGAAGCCCAAGCCUGACGCGACAAAUUUUGCGAUAAACGUGGGCCCGAACGAGAGGGACAUCACCAUGCACAUCAACCCCCGCUUCAACGCGCACGGAGACGAGAACACGGUGGUUUGCAACUCGUACCAGGAAGGUAAAUGGUGCGAGGAGCACCGCGGCGAGGGAGGCUUCCCGUUCCACCAGGGGGAGGAGUUUAAGAUCACCAUCGUGUUCACGCCCGCCGAGUUCCAGAUCUCUUUGUCGGACGGCUCUCAGAUCCAUUUUCCCAACCGUAUGGGUGCCGAGAAGUACUCUUUCAUCGGCGUCGACGGGGACGUUCGCAUCACCAGCGUUGAGAUUAAAUAAACCCAUCAGAUUUAGGAUUAGACAAGUACUUUUACACGGAACGCUUGCAUCAGGGCUUUUAUACGCUGCUCAAAAAAUAAAGGGAACACUUGAGCAACACAAUGUGACUCCAAGUCGGUCACACGUCUGUGAAAUCCAACUGUCCACUUAGGAAGCAACACAGACUGACAAUCAAUUUCACGUGCUGUUGUGCAGAUGGACUAGACGCCAGGUGCAUAGCACGACACCCCCAAUAAAUAAAUAAAUACCAAUAAUAAAUUAAACUAUCAAUAAAUAAAAUAAUCAAUCAAUUUUUGUGUGAUUUUGUUGUCGCACAUUGAACUAUGUGAAGAACAAAGUAAUGAGAAUAUUUCAUUCAUUCAGAUCUACCAUUUCUUUUAGUGUUCCCCUUUUUUUGAGCAGUAUAUUUUGCAAUACUUGCUUUUUAAGCGCAAGAAACACAAACGUUAUCUAUUGUGCAUAUACAGGCAGCAGAAGUAGCCCCAACGUAGGAGCACCCAUUGCACCUGCAUGGCAUUAUUCUGCCAUUGACUGGAAAGUAAACCCCACAUCACAUAAUCCCAUCUUUUCAAAAGAAUUGUACAAAACUUUGACCCUCCCAGACAUUCCAGAUUUGUACCAAUGCUUGCAUUGAAUAAGUGCAUUAAAGCCACAAAACAAAACAAAACAAAACAUUGGACUUUUG